CGUCACCCAGCGUCGCAGAAGAACUGAGGAUGUCGCAGAAAGACGGAAUUCGGGUUGAUAGUCCUGGCGCGAAACCUUCAAAUUUACACUCUUCAUAAAAUUAACACGACACGCCCGAACGCCCGACCGAAUUUCACACCGCUGGACGACAGACAGAGAAUCCGAAGCAUGUCGGAGAGGACGCGGUGAGCUCGCCGUUGUUUUUCUUGUUAUCAUGUGUCGAAGGUCGCUGGUUUCGCGGUGAUGUGUGACGAAGCGAAGAUGACCGAGACCGGAGCGGAGAGAAAGCGGGGCGCGCAGCCGCGGAGGUCGGUGUGUGUGUAUGACUGCAGACCGGAGAGCAGCCCCGCGCCUCCGCGGACCCUCGACAUCACCGAGGCGGACUACAGCGGCUUCCUGCGGGCUCUGAGACAGGAGUUUUCGCUGUCGGCAAAUGAGACUUUUGUUAUCAGCACGACGGACCGAGGAGAGAUCGACGCAGAACAUUACAAGGAUCUGGUCGACGGGAAAACCUUGCACCUGUUCGAGUCAGCGAAUCAGAAGCUGAAUGCGGCGACCGAAGAGCGCAUCGAGUUUCUGCCUCACUACCAUACCCUGGUGCAGUGUGGCAUGUACGAGUACUACGCCAGCGAGGGACAGAAGGCGCUGCCCUACGCCUUCGCUGAGCUCAUCGAUAACGCUCUGUCAGCCACCGCAAAAAACACAGGAACCAGGACGAUUGAGAUCAGACUGCUGUUUGAUGAGUCUCAGGGAGGACCCGCUGUUGUGGUGAUGGAUAACGGAUGUGGAAUGACUUCUAAACAGCUGAACAACUGGGCCGUCUACCGUCUGUCCAAGUUCAUACGAGAAAACAGCAUCAAGAGUGAAGAAAGCGGUUACGUGCGUCCGGAUCCAGUUCCACGCAGUCUGAACAGUGACAUCUCGUACUUCGGAGUCGGAGGCAAACAGGCGGUGUUUUACAUCGGCCAGUCUGUCAGAAUGAUCAGUAAACCCGCAGGCUCUCCGGAUGUCCACGAGUUCGUCAUGUCUAAAGAAGACUUCGAGCGCAAGGAGACGAACAAGGAAGACAUUUACUCGGGCUUCAUUAGAAACAGGAAGCCUGGCGAUUACUCGCACGUGAAUGAGAGCGUGGAGCACUUUCUGCGGUCCGUUGUGGUCGAAGAAGAAGGAAAGGAGAGUUUUACUGCAGUUGUUAUCACUCGAGUCCAACAGGAGCACGUCACCUUCCUGAAACACAACUUCAAUCUGUGGACCAGAGAGCUGGCGCAUACUUACCAUUACUACAUACAUGGCGUUAAUGGAAACGACUGGAAAAAACCAACAAAUGACCAGGUCUCCAACAUUGACAUUCAGAUCAGUUUGUUUGAGCGCUCUCCUCGACUUCCCCGUGUGAUAAAUCUGAAGCAGGUGGAUAAUGACAUGCAGACUCUGUAUAUCAACUCUAGCGUUUCUACUUUUGAGUUCAAAGCCACCGGCAGCGGAGAUUCCUUGGUGGAGGGUCUGAUCCGUUAUCACCCGUUCCUCUACGACCAAGAAACAUACCCAGUGGAUCCCUAUGCAUUAGGUCCUAAGGAGGAUGAGGAUGAAGAUUGUGUAAUCUUGAACUCUGAAGCUCGAGGCAAACGGCCGAUCUUUGAGUGCUUCUGGAACGGGCGGCUCAUUCCCUACACCACUGUCUCAGAGUUCGAGUGGUGUGCAAGGCCGAAGAAAGUAGGUGCAUUGCCAGUGGAGUGUUAUAACCGGAUAUCAGGAGUUCUUUUCGCCAACGACCGGUUCCAAGUCAGUACCAACAAACUGACCUUCAUGGACCUGGAGCUUCAGCUCCGUGACAACAACACCAUUUUUACCAGAGUGCACAAUGGUCAGGAGCUGCGAGUGAAAAUAGAGAGGGAGUUUACUAACUGGUUAAGAGAAUGUAAUGAGCGUCACGAUAAACAGGUGAUGUUUCAGGGAUUCCUGGGUUCGGGGACACGUACAGAUGUCGCCCCAAAAAGGCUUCAGUCCCCCUGGGCUCAGUUUCACACCAUUAAGUGGGACGGCAGGGUUUACAAGAAAGGACAAUAUGUGAAGUCGGUGAAAACAAACCCCGUCUUUGUCGGCUCUAUAGUGAAGUUUUUGCUGUACGGAGAGCAUGAAGGAGACGUGUACGCCACCGGAGGAUAUGUCCAGGUUGCACUGGAACCGAAGGAGUUGUAUGAUGAGCUGAAGAUCAUUCCCAUCUCUAAGAUCGACAGGCUGGCCGCCGAUGCAACCAUUAAAAAGAAAAUCGAGGAUGAGCUCGCGAAACUUCCUGAUCAGCUGAGGAUGACGUGGCCUGAGGGAAACGCCUGGGCUGAGAAUGACGCUCGCCCGGCCGGCACACCCAUGGGCCCAAUUAAAGUGGAGAUUUUGAACAAAAAAGGAGACUCGAUGUCUCGGCUGCCCGUGGCUGGCUCCACUAAGAAGCUGCUGAUUGAGCUGAAAGUCAUCUGGCACUCUCCUAAAGGAGACGUCCAGACGAACUCCCACAUUGGAGUUCAUUCGUCCAAGUGGGAGUACUGGUUCAAGCCCAUGGAGAACUUCAGUAAGCUCGGGAAGUACACGCUGCACCUGCAGACCAUGCUGAGUGAGAGCUCGUCCAGCGCAUGGGCGGGAAAAACCCUGCCCAACCACACGCUCACGUUCUCCAUUAAAGAAGGUGAAGCGGCAUCUUUUGUUCUUGGCGCCAUUUCCUCUCCUGUCCAUGUCGGUUCCUUCGGUAUUCCUCUAGAUUUUAGGGAUGACUUUGAUUACCCCACCCAGCCGCCCAGCGGCAUCAAACCCCAGCUGGAGUGCAGUUCACUACAGCUGAGUUAUGAGGGAAUCGCGUUUGGGACCACUUGUGUCAUCAAAAAUGUGAGGGCCAAGGGAAAGAUCAGUCACCAAAGCAAGAGGUACACAGUGAAGGUGCUCAUCCCAGGACUGAAGCAGGACAGCCAGACUCUACAAAUUGCUCUGCAGCCUGGCCCUCCGCACGCUCUCGCGGUGUUUCCAGAAGAUGGCGUGCUCUCCGUUGAGAAUCGAACUCCGGCUAAUUUCAGAGUUGAGGUUCACGAUGAGCACCAGAACGUCACCUCUCAGCCUAAACUCACCGUCCGCUGCCAGCUGCUGGGAGCUCCUGAUUUGCCCGUGGAUGUGGUGGACUGCAGUAACACCGGCUGUGGACUCCUGCUGACUAAACCACUUCUACUGAAGAGCGUAAACGCCGAGCAGAUCCUUACUGCUAAGUUCAACAUUCCUAACCACAGGAGCGUGCCGUGCGUGGAACGACAGCUCCGGGUCUUGCCCAGCUCACGAAUAUCCCGUUUGGAGGUCUACAGACAGGAAGAGGGCUCUGAUGAUGUCAUGGUGCUGCAGAACUCCGAGUGCAUUGAUUGGACGGCAGGAGACACCCUAGGAAACCUACGCUUCAAACUGUAUGAUGAGGGCAACAGACUGGUUUCCCUUCAGCCAAAACUCGCCAGCAAGAUUAAGGUGAAUUGGAGCGCAGAUAUAAACGCAGAAGAGCUUUCUCAGGGAAAACUUCCUCCUUUAUGUGUCCCGUCUAAAGCGCAGAGAGAGCAUUUCUACAACGUGUCUCUCCACGACCAGCACACAGUCAGCUUUUCCUUCAUCAUCGUGCCUCGUCCAGAUGAGCCCGAGCGUCUGCGGGUCAGUCUCAGCGAGUCGGUGGUGAAAAUGGGAGAGAUUCUGUCCAGAAACAUAUAUGUUGAUGUCGUUGAUCAGUACGGGAAUAAAACGGACUGCCUGAACGCAGAUAAUGUGAACACUCUGAGCGUGUCUGCUGAUGGUCUGGAUCAAUCAGCUCUGGCCGUCGAGUGGCAGGCCGGCAGUGGACGGUUUUCUGUAUGCGGGGUGCGGAUCGUGGGACGAUCUCCUGGCCCGAGAGAGUUGUGCUUUAAGUACAAGGACAUGAAGGAGUUCGUGCAAAUCCAAGUCUCGGCGGGACCUCCGGUGCAGAUAAAGCUGCUGGAGAAGCCGGAGAUGCCUGUUCAGGUGGUGAACGGCCAGGGCUUGGACGCUCCUCUGGUCAUGCAGCUGUGUGACGAAUGGGGAAAUCCUUCACCAGACCAGAGGAUUGAAAUCAUGAUGAAUGCUCUGACGCCACAGUUGAAGAUAAAGUCUUUGAUAUCAUCUCAGCCUGUGGAUUCAGAAGGAAAAGCUUGCUUCGUAUUAGAAGCUAUAAGUGGUCCAAAAGGGCUGCAUCAGGUGGCGUUUCCGGGGUCUUUCGGCAGGAACGGGAUUCCCGGACCUGUCGUAAAACUAAACCUGAUCCCUGACCCCAACAAACCUGUCGAACUGUCUGUUAAAUACGACAGCGCUGCUGCUUUACGAGCAGGCGACAUCUUCCCAGUGUUUACAGUGAUGGCGAUUUCUGAAGAAGGCACACCGGUGAGAAACAUCUGCCCGGCGAACCUCUCGAUGCUGCUGUGGAAGGACACGGCAUCGGGCUCCUUUCCACCUUCAUCCGCCUCUUCUCUGAAGUGCAGCAAACGCACAGACGCAGAUAUGGACGACUGCUUCUGCUUCAGGGACAAGCAGAUUCCAGAUCUUGCGGGACAGUACGUCGUCCAGUUCGUGUUGGCUUUGGACAAGACCAAACACCUGUGGAGCAAGCAGACUCCACUAAAUGUUGUUGCCAAUAAAGCGGUGAAACUAGCCCCCGAGGCUCCAUCUUCAACCCCUGUUGUGUCCAAUGGCGGCGUUCGGGCCAAUCGCACACUUCUGGACCGCUUGCAUCUGAAGAUCAUGGACCAAUACAGUAACCCUGCUGGUGAGGGUUUAGAUGGAAAAGUGAUUGUUACAGUGAAAGACACAGAAGACAUGGUGCUUCCUUUGUUUGAGAAUGAAGAUACAAGUGUGUCUUACAGCCUCACUAACGGGGAGACUUUCAUUACCGAUUUGGCCCUUUUGGAGAACAGUCCUGGUGUGGAUGGAGCCGAGUACAUCCUUAAGUUCAGUCUUGAGAUUCACGACAACACUGUUAGCAUUGCUCCAUAUGUCCUGCCUUUCAGAUUCUGCAACGAUGCAGAGCAUCAGAAAGUCAUUGUGAGUCUCAGUAACAAGAAAGAUCGCCUUUCCCGAACCGUUUCGAUGUACCGGGAAAUUUUUGAUACCAAUAAACAACUAACCUCUGAACUGGAAUCUCAGGUGCGAGAUGCGACCCACAAAUUAAACGAGCUCAAACCGGAGCUCCUGAAAUAUAACUUGGAGGUCUCAGAACUAACCACCGUGUCCGCAAUAGAGGCCGUUAUAAAUGACAAGAAAGCGAUUUUAACCCAAAUGGAGAGUCAGCCUCUGAGGAAAUGUGACAUUUCUGACCCUUUCAAAAGCAGCCCGCAGGUCCUGGGCAAGGUGGGUCACCUGGCGCUGGUGGAGGAUGACGAUGCAGCGAAGGUGAUCUCUUGGCAUCUUCUGGGUGAUAUGGACUGUGUGGUGACCGAAACGACGUCCGCCGCCAAGAAGAUCUACGAUGACACACAAGGACGACAACAAGUCCUUCCCCUCGAGACGGUCUUCUGCAGACCCAAUGAUAGGCCUCUGCCUCACAUCAGGAAUGGCAAACCUCUCUUCUGUCCCGUCGGUAAUCCCGUGUUCGUUAAAGACAUGCUCAUUUUCCCCGAGCACGCAGAAAGCUGCAAUAAAGUUUUUUCAACUCUGCUUGGAGACACCAUACUAAUUGAUGAUCUGGAUUCUGCCAAUCAUUAUCGUCGAGGGGUUGUUCAGAAUAAGAUGCAGUGUCCCACGCUCUUAACGCGUCAGGGAGAGCGGAUCCGCAGCAACGGGAAAUUCGGGGGUCUCCAGAACAAGGCUCCGUCGAUUGAGAGACUUCGAGGGCAAGUGUUUGGAGCGCCGUUUCCCAAAGAGUACAAGCACACACGCCGUCAGAUAGACUUACUGCAGCAGUGCUGUGUUGCGAUGCAGAAGGCCUCUCAGGUCCAGUCUGAGUAUAGCGGUCAUUUGCAGUAUUUGCAGAGUCCUGAGAUGAAACGGAAACGACAAGACCUCCAGCAGCAGGAGCAAGAGUUAAAGGAACUUGAGAAAACCCUUGCCAGCACUCCCACACAGCUGUACUCUGUAAGAGUGAAAAGGAGCCUUGAGCCUGAAAUGCCUGAACCCUCGACCCCUUCUAAAAGAUCCCGCCGCAAAACACGCAAACUGGAUUCAUGAAGUUACAGGAGCUGACCUCUGGCGCUUUUUAAUUCAAUCAGUGCGAAAGAUUGUUUCAUAUUUUAUGUUCCUUGGAGAUCUUUUUUUUUAUAUUCUUUACAGAUUAUGCAGAAAGCAAA